AUGUAUUGUACAACAAAAAUAUGCUUCCUCAUCAUUUCGACAUUUUACUUCGCUUCAUGUUCUAAACUUGUUGUUAUCCUCAUGGACGGAUUUCGAUGGGAUUAUUUUGACCACGUGAAUUUGCCAGGUUUUGCUAAAAUGGCAAAAGAGGGAGUAAAGGCGGAGUACAUGUUGUCAGACUAUCCUACUUUAUCUUACCCAAAUUAUUACACUAUCAUGACAGGUUUGCAUUGUGAAUCCCAUGGUAUGGUAGGAAACUAUAUGUAUGACGAAAUCAAUGACAAAAAUUUUCUACUUGCUGAAAAUCCGGCCCAGAAUCUUUCGUUUUGGUGGGACGAUGCAGAACCUGUUUGGAUCACUGCUGAAAAAGAGGGAAAGAAAUCUUAUUUCUUCUACUGGCCAGGAUGUGACGUGACAAUAAGACGCACCAAACCCACUCUUUGUGUUGAUUACAAGUUAACUUUGAUUCCCGAGUUUGAGUAUUCUCUUCAGCAAACCGUGGGACUUCUUAAGAAUGAUGAAGCGGAUCUUAUCGGAAUAUACUUAGAAGCCCCUGACCACUACGGACAUAUUUUUGGUGUGGAUUCUCAAAACUUGACAACUGUUUUGAAAGAUAUUGAUAAGAAUUUACAGAGCUUCAGAGAGCAACUGACGUCACUUAAUUUACAAAAUGAGGUCAACAUAAUGAUUUUUUCUGAUCAUGGGAUGACCAAUAUCACAAAGAUGGUAAACAUCACUGAUGUGUUGGAUUUUCGGGAUAUAAAGGUUAUUAUGUCAGAGGUACCCUAUGUCGGUAUUUGGCCAAUGGAUGGAAAGCUUGAAAAGGUUUACAACGAUUUAGUAACAGCUAACAAGCCCAAUAUAACAAUUUAUAAAAAGGAAUCAAUCCCUGAUCGUUAUCAUCUCAAAAACCAUCCACGCACAUCACCAAUUGUGAUAGAAGCUGAUAGUGGAACAGCGAUAGUGGCACCAUGGAAAUGUAGCGAAUGCGCAGAUUAUUAUGUGCCUGGAACAACAUACAAAGGAAUGCACGGAUAUGAUUAUACUGAUCCAGAUAUGAGGGCAAUAUUUAGAGCAACAGGGCCGGCAUUCAAGAAGAACUUUGUUAACAAGCCAAUAGCAAAUGUGGAGUUGUAUCAAAUAAUGUGUGAUAUUCUUGGGAUAAAACCAAAGAGAAACAAUGGCACUUGGAGCAAUGUCGCACAAAUGAUGAUCAAAAGAGACAUAUCAUCUGCACAACUAACAGACUUUUCCUUUCCUUUGUUUCUUUGUGUCAUGAUUAAUAUUGCAUUCACCUUAAUUUCCUUUUGGUAA